AUGGAGACGGCCAGGCCAUUGUGGGACAACCCCUUCCAGUUUGUAUUUGCCUGCAUAUCUUAUGCAGUGGGACUGGGGAAUGUAUGGCGGUUUCCCUAUUUAUGUCAGAUGCAUGGAGGAGGCGGAUUCCUAAUCCCAUAUUUAAUCAUGUUAAUUGUGGAAGGGAUGCCAUUAUUAUUUCUGGAGUUGGCAGUGGGACAGCGCAUGCGUCAAGGCAGCAUCGGAGCAUGGAGAGCAAUAAGUCCUUACCUCUGCGGGGUUGGAGUUGCCAGUGUUAUCGUUUCAUUUUUCCUCUCUAUGUACUACAACGUUAUCAAUGCCUGGGCAUUCUGGUACCUCUUCCAUUCAUUCCAGGAUCCUUUGCCAUGGGCAAACUGUCCACUGAAUAUUAACCACACCAACUAUGUGGAAGAGUGUGAGAAGGCAACAUCGACUCAGUACUUUUGGUACAGGAAGACCCUCAAUAUUUCUCCGUCCAUUGAGGAGAGUGGGAGCAUCCAAUGGGAGCAAGCAGCCUGUCUCAUCUUGGCUUGGCUGGUAGUCUAUCUGUGUAUUCUAAGAGGAACAGAAUACACAGGCAAGGUUGUGUAUGUGACAGCUACGUUGCCCUAUGUAGUCCUCCUCAUAUAUUUAAUCAGAGGCUUAACACUUCAUGGAGCUGCAAAUGGGCUGACAUAUAUGUUUACACCAAAGGUAUCUCCAUUGCCCAGCCUAAUUUCAGUGAUACUAGAGCAACUAGCAAACCCCAAGACUUGGAUUAACGCGGCGACUCAGAUCUUCUUCUCUCUUGGGCUUGGCUUUGGCAGCUUGAUAGCUUUUGCCAGUUACAAUGAGCCGAACAACAACUGCGAGCGCCACGCCAUCAUCGUCUCCUUAAUAAACAGCGCCACCUCGGUCUUUGCCAGCAUUGUGACUUUCUCCAUUUAUGGCUUUAAGGCAACUUUCAAUUAUGAAAACUGCAUAAACAAGGUGAUCUUGCUGCUGACCAAUUAUUUUGACCUGGAAGAAGGAUUAUUAACGAUAGAAAACCUUGAAGAUAUGAAAGGUUUUCUAGCAUCUGCUCACCCCAGCGAAUAUACAGAACUGUUGCCACAGAUUAAGAACUGCAGCUUGGAAGCCGAAUUAGAUACGGCUGUUCAAGGGACUGGAUUGGCAUUCAUUGUGUAUUCUGAAGCAAUUAAGAACAUGGAGGUCUCACAGCUAUACUCAGUGCUGUAUUUUAUUAUGCUGCUGAUGCUGGGAAUAGGCAGCAUGCUGGGGAACACUGCAGCUAUCCUUACGCCUUUGACUGACAGCAAGUUCCUUUCCUCCCAUGUGCCCAGAGAGAUUAUCUCAGGUGGUGUAUGUGUUAUCAACUGUAUCAUUGGCCUGGUAUUUACCAUGGAGGCUGGCAACUACUGGUUUGAUAUCUUCAAUGACUAUGCAGCUACCCUCUCUCUGCUGCUUAUUGUACUGGUGGAAGCAAUCGCGGUUUGUUAUGUGUAUGGGCUAAAAAGAUUUCAGAAAGACCUUGGUGUGAUGAUUGGGCAUGAGCCAAGUUGGUAUUGGAAAAUUAUGUGGGCUUUCGCUAGUCCUGUGCUAAUUGUAAGCCUAUUUAUAUUUUACCUCACGGACUACAUCAGAACAGGGACACUGCAAUACCAAGCCUGGGAUGCAACAGAGGGGCAGCUGGUUACAAAGGACUAUCCUAGUGGUGCCCUAGCAGUUAUUGGGCUGCUCGUAGCAGCAUCCACUAUGUGUAUACCACUAGGUGCACUAGUAACUUUUAUAAUAAAGAAAACAAAACAUUAGUAACUGGACUCUGAACUUCACCAAU